AAUUCAGCAAUCGAUUUCUGCAGAGACGGAGAGACCCGCCAUCAAUCCGGGAUCCCUACUCCAGCUGGGAAAUCGACCUCAUAAAAGCUAGUGGCCUGUUAAAAUUGCUCUUUAACUGCGGAGCUUUCUGUCUUAAAGUGAAGCAUUUCGAGCAAAAUUCAGGCGGCGCAGGAGACUGAGACUUUCCUUCUCUCGUUCUCUCUCUCUCUCUCUCGUCUGUCCCGCACUUGGACUUGGUGCAAAGUCGUCCCCAUUCAGAUCGAUCACCUCUCAGACAUGAGCCCUUUCCGCUCCUGGUUCCUGCUCGCCGCAGUAUUGGCCCUGGCGCAAGAGUCGCGCUGCUGGUUCUUGCGCAACGCCUCGCAUUUCGAAAGUUUGCUCGACUAUUUCCACUCCAGGAGCAAGAGGGCCAUCCCCCAGAUCGAUAAAGACGAGAUUUUGCAACUUCACAACCACCUGAGGGGAGAGGUCUACCCUUCAUGCUCGAAUAUGGAGUAUAUGGAGUGGGACAAUGAACUGGAGCGGUCUGCUGAAAGCUGGGCCCAGCAAUGUGUUUGGGACCAUGGGCCUUCCCACUUGCUCAAGUCAAUAGGUCAGAACCUGGCCGUGCACUGGGGAAGAUAUCGUUCUCCAGCUUCCCAUGUGCAAGCAUGGUAUGAUGAAGUGAAAGAUUACACCUACCCAUACGCACAUGAGUGCAACCCUUGGUGCCCUGAGAGAUGUUCAGGUGCAAUGUGCACCCACUACACACAAUUGGUGUGGGCAACAACGAACAGAGUUGGCUGUGCUGUUAAUGUCUGUGCAAGAAUGAAUGUAUGGGGAGAAAUUUGGGAGAAUGCCGUCUAUUUAGUAUGCAAUUAUUCACCAAAGGGGAAUUGGAUCGGAGAAGCUCCUUAUAAGCAUGGCCGGCCAUGCUCAGAGUGUCCGCCCAGCUAUGGUGGAGGCUGCAAGAACAAUCUCUGCUACAAAGGCAAUGCAAUGAGAAGACCACACCAUGAACAAACCAAUGAAGUGGAGCCUCCCCAGAUCAAUACAGAAUCAUUAAACCCAUGGACAGUGCCAUAUUACCAACCAAAACCACAACCACAACCGCAACCAAAGGAGGAACCUAACAGCAAGGAGUUCAUGACUCAAGUCAUCAAGUGUGAAACUAAAAUGAGAGAUAAAUGCAAAGGGACAACGUGCAACAGGUAUGAGUGCCCACGAAAUUGCAAAUCUUCAAAGGCUAAAGUAAUUGGAACGCUCUAUUAUGAAAUGCAAUCCAGUAUUUGUCGGGCUGCGGUUCACCAAGGGAUCAUCAGUAACGAAGAAGGUGGGUUCGUGGAUAUCACUCGGAAAGGAAAAAUCCCAUUUUUCGUCAAAUCUUCUCGAAAUGGUGUUCAAUCUCUGAGCAAGUUCAAGUCAGCAAAUGGAUUUAGUGUGUCCAAAGUGACCACCCAGACAGUUGACUGUUAUGCUACAGUGGCUCAACUGUGCCCAUUCAGAAAGCCAGCCACCCAUUGUCCCAGAAUUAACUGCCCACCAAACUGUUUGGAGGAGUUUCCCUUCUGGUCACGAGUCAUCGGCAACAAAAUUUAUUCUGACAGAUCCAGUAUCUGUCGAACAGCAGUACAUGCCGGUGUGAUUAAGAACCACAUUGGAGGACUUGUGGAUGUGAAGCCAGUGGAGAAGAAGAACCGAUACACAGGAGUCUCCAAAAAUGGAAUUCAGUCAGAGAGUAUAAAAAAUCCUCCUGAUGGGAAAGCUUUCAGAAUAUUUGCUGUGGCAUGAGUGAGAGAAACUAAUUGUGAGAGAACUCUUCUGGGUUUGCCAGACUGAUUUCCAAGGGCAGGAAGCAUGAGCAUAAGAAACAUUAACGAAAACUGUGCACACUUGACAAUAGUGAUCAUCUUCAUCACAAGAAGAAUUAAACAACAUUCUCAGACUACAUAUCUUGCAUCUCAUCUGCCAAAAAAAUAAUGGACUCUGGUUUGAACAUUCCUAUCAUUUUUGUACAUAAUAAAUGUAAUAUUUUGUUUAAAGGCAGAAAUAUAGUUAUUUACAGCAGUGCUGGUAAGUCUAUAAGUUAAAUUGCUCAAUAUUAAUACAGUUAAGUAUGUACUCUUAGUUUGAUAUAUAUUUCAGUGCAAUCAAUUGGAAUUAGGGUUUGUGCGUCUCUUUUACAUUUGUUUCCUCCACUGCAAAUUGGCUAAACAUCAUCUGUGUACAUUUUGUGAAACAGAUUCUAGAGAACAGUUAAAGGGAAAGCCUUCAGGAAUUCAUGGCAGCUUUUCCUUUAGCUGGAAGUGCACAGGGUAUAAAGGCUGUUAAACAUGUUGGACAUCCAGGCUAAUCUACCAAAGUGUUAGCAAUGCUAAUUCCAAUUUCACAACAAAACAAUGGUGACUUUUCUUUGAAGAUACUUGGAGCCUGAGUUUCAGCUCAGAAGUUAUUCGCAUGGCACUUGGCUUGAAUGAUUUCAAUAACCAAUUGUGUUAAAGGUUAUUUUAUCUUGUAACCAUUAGAUUCUAAUGUAUGUAAACUCCAUUCUCAUUCUUUGAACUCAGAAGUUGUAUCCUUGUAAUCUGUACUUACAUCAGAAUGUGUCCCAACCCAACAGAUGUCCACAGGCUCAUUCUUGGGCUUGCCAACCAUAAGGUCAUAUUACACUAGUAACAUCACAGCCAUGGUACAUGGCUUGAGAGGGGAGGAAAGAGUUGUAUAUUUUAUACAAAUUAUGGUGGGCAAGGAAUGAGUUACACAGAUGUACAGGUGGUGCCUCAGUACCUUAGGGUUUAUAAGUGUCUUGUGGCUGUGCCACUCAUGUAAAUACUGGCUCAGGCAAAUCGAUGACCACACACAGGUCUGUAUUUUACCCCUGUUCAUCUAGUAUUCCACAAAUAAACUUGAUUAAAAGGUAAACUAAACCUAAGUGAAUCCAUAUAAAAGUAAAAUACUGCGGAUGCUGGAAAUCUGAAAUGUAAAAAGCUGGAAAAACUCAGCAGGCCUAGCUGCAUCUGUGGAGAGAACAAAGAGUUAACAUUUUAGGUCUGUGACCUUUCAUCAGAGCUAUCUAAGCAAAACUAUUCCUUUCACAACAAUACUCUUGUGAUUCCUAUUUCAUUUAAUUACUCUCAGUGCUUGUCAGAAAUGUCUUAAUUAUCCAACUUUGAGUGCAGUUUGCUCAGUUAUUUAGACCACAUGACACUGAGAUACCAUUUUUCUGCUAAGAGUUAUAUGUAAUUGAUGCCAUUAUGUACUUAACAGAUCACAUGAAACUAUUGUUAUAGUUGGAAGGUUGGGAGUGAGGAAGAAAUAGCAGGAACCAUAUCUUAAAACCAAAUUCUCAGUCACAUCAAUAAUUCAUGGGAAAAUACACGAUGAUAAUGAAGUGAUAAACAUAAGCAAUAUUAAAUGAAUAAUGCAUUAAUGCAUUGGAUUCACCACUGUAGCUUAGCUUUCUUUUAAUUCUUCAAUAUAAGAAGUUAAGUUCUCUUUUUCUCUAUUGCGUACCUGCAAAGCAUCAGAGAUCUGAAAGAUGUUUCCAGAAUUAAUUUUUGCAUGUGCAUAUUCUGGUGAUACUAUUCAAUAUAAUUUAUUGUGCUGCGUCGGGCCAACAGGGGUGAGGAUAGCUGCUCAACCACUUUGAUUGUGUUAUGGCAUUACAUUGUAUAUUUUUUCAUAAAUAUAUAUCGAACUAUAUAGACUUACAAUCCGCAUCAGCUAAUUUUAAUACAUUAUAAAAUAGAGUUAAUUAUUUCACAAUAAAAUGUCAUUUUUCUGUCAA